AUGGGAAUGAAGGAGGACGAUCCGAUCAUGGCUUUUAUUUCAGGUAUGGAGGACAUGAAGCCCCAGUUAAGUGAGAAGGCAAGAAAGAAGCAGGAAAAGAGACGAAAGAAGCAGCAAGAGCAAGAUGAGAAGAACAAGCUGGUAAUUGAGACACAGAACCGCGAACGAGAGGAAGAAACCGAAGCAAUCAAUCGCCAGGUUGCCUCUCUGAACCGCCACGUAAAGUACGUAGCGGCCGAUGGUAACUGCAUGUACCACUCGAUCGCCCAGCAGCUCGCUUUGGAGGACUCGAAAAUGAAAUCGCCCAUCGCCUAUCGUGUUAUUCGCAAGAAAGCAGCCGAUUCUUUGAGAGAACAUAAAGACGAAUUCGCGUUCUUUUUAGACGAAGGGGUCGACUUUGAUGAGUACUGCAGAAAGGUGGAAACGUCGAACGAAUGGGGAGGCCAACUUGAGCUCCGUGCAUUAUCGCUAUCUUUGCAACGGCCGAUUCGUAUUUAUAGUGCAGAUGCACCUGUAAUUGUAAUGGGGGAGGACAUGCCUGGAUCUCCGCUGUUUUUAUCCUAUCACAAGAAGUAUUUGUCUCUGGGAAAUCAUUACAAUACGUUAAUUCCGUUGUAG